AUGUCCGCGGAUUGCAACCUGAAGCCCGCGCGCACAGGCCGCCACUACUCAGACACUUACGAUUUUCGGGGACCGAGCCUGAUUGACCUCCGAGAAGAGGGUGGGGAGGGUGCCGCCUUCCCCCUACCGGGCUCCAUCUGCUCUGAUAACUUUAGCAUCCGUGAAGGACUUAAGGGACGCUCAAGGAUGUGGGAGAAGUUAACAGGCUUAUGCUGGAGAGGGCCCAGUGGAGCUGCCGCCCAGACAAGGACCAUGAGUGGCGGCUAUGAUCUUCACCUCUUCAUCAACCCCCCAGACUGCAACUUGCUGUGCUCCAUCUGCCAUGGGGUGUUCCGGAGACCUAUGAGGUUGCCGUGCAGCCAUGUCUUCUGCAAGAAUUGCAUUGCCCGCUGGCUAGCCAGAAAGAAAACCUGCCCCUGCUGCCGGGAGGAGGUGAAGCACAGGAUGGUCCAUGUGCACAGACUCCGGAAGACCAUUGGCCGCCUGGAAGUCAAGUGCAGGAAUGCUGAGGCUGGCUGCCUGGUGACAUGUCCUCUGAUGGAUCGCAGGAGGCAUCAGGACUCAUGCCCUUUCGAGUGGAUGACCUGUCCCAAUGAGGGCUGCACAGAAAGGGUGUCACGUGGGGCCCUGGCUCAGCACCUGCAAAUCUGCCAGCUCAGAACCCCACAGCUCUGCCCUCUGGGCUGCGGGGCCACACUAGGCCCAGCCGAGCUUGAGCACAACUGCUACCGUGAUCUGCAUGAGGCGUGGAGACUGAGCCAGGAGCGCAGUUGUGACCUGCUGCUGCAGUCAGUGCAGUAUAUGCGCAAGAUGCAUCAGGCCACUGGUAAGAUGCAUCAGGCCACUCGGUACCUGCGGCAGCAGCUAAUCCAGCUGGGACAAUUCCUGGAGGAGGACUUCCAACUUGUGCACAGCGGGAUGCCGCCAAAUCACAGCCACCACUGA